ACCACCCUGCAGGCGAAGAAGAAGAAGAAUCGAAACCGAAACCGAAACCUGGAACAAAUCACACUUCACACCGUAAGGCAAGACGGCGGGAAAAUGUAAAAUAUCAUCACUCAUCAGCGCACCAGCGGAACCAGCCACACCCGUCGUCGUCAGAUCGUCUGAGCAGGUUUAAACACAUAUCGGAGAAAACGACAUAAUUCGUGAACGCGAUCGCGAAACACAGUACAUCACCAAGGGGGAGCAGGAUCGAAUCAACGAGCGAUUCAUCACUCCUCGUGAUAAUUGAUAACGAUUGUUGUAACUGUUUGUUGGUUUGAAGCGCGCGCGAUUGAAUGAGAAAAUGGCCGUGAUUCGCUCACCGGAAGUGCUGACAAAUGCCGUCUCUUGGUGGAACAAGUUUGUGCUGGUGCUGAUCUUCCUGGAGGUGUUUGCCCACGUUGAAACACUGGAUCUUGAAAAAUGCAAAAAUCCAUUAGGAAUGGAGUCCGGUGCCAUCAACGAUUCCCAGAUAUCGGCCAGCUCGGCGCACGACAUUGGCAACGUUGGCCCCCAGCACGCGAGAUUGAAAGUGGACAACAAUGGAGGCGCCUGGUGUCCGAAGCACAUGGUUUCGCGCAAUCUGAACGAGUACCUGCAGAUCGAUCUGAAGCGGAUGCACGUCGUCACGGCCAUCAAGACGCAGGGCCGCUUCGGUAAGGGGCAAGGCCGCGAGUACACCGAGGCGUACGUGCUGGAAUACUGGCGUCCGGGGUUCUCCAAGUGGAAGCGGUGGAAAAACACCCGGGAUAAUGAGAUCCUGUCCGGGAACACCAACACCUACAGCGAGGUGGAGAACCUUCUGCAGCCAAUUAUCUUCGCGUCGAAAAUUCGCAUCUACCCGUACAGCCAGUACGACCGGACGGUUUGCCUCCGGGCGGAAAUCAUCGGCUGCGAGUGGGACGAGGGAUUACUCUCCUACAGCAUACCGAAGGGUGUGAUCCGUGGCAUGGAGGUUGACCUCUCGGAUCGUAUCUACGACGGCGAGGAGGAAGGCGACCGGCUCGUCGGGGGCCUCGGUCAGCUGGUGGACGGGCAGAAGGGAGCCGAUAACUUUCGCACCGACAUCCACGGUUUCGGCAAGGGUUACGACUGGGUCGGCUGGCGCAAUGAUUCACUUGGCUGGGCCGGAAAACCGGUCGAGAUGGUGUUCGAGUUCGACACGGUGAGGAACUUUAGUGCCAUGGUUCUGCACACCAACAACAUGUACAGCAAGGAUGUACAGGUAUUCCUCCAGGCGAAGGUCUACUUCAGCAUCGGUGGCCAGCACUUCAGCAGCGAGCCGGUGCAGUUCUCCUACAUGCCGGAUGCGAUUAUGGAGAGCGCUCGUGAUGUCACGAUCAAAUUACAUCACCGCAUCGGACGGUACAUCCAGGUUCACCUCUACUUCGCCAUGCGGUGGAUUAUGCUGAGUGAAAUAUCGUUUAUUUCCAGUCCCGUGAUUGGCAACUUCUCCGACGAAGAGGCGAACGGAAAUUCAAUCUCGCAGGAAAAUUCCAUCGAAUAUCCGCUGCAGCGGGACGAAGUGCAAACUGCCAACAAAGGCGAGCGGAACCAUGUGACGCAAAUCAUCUCGCCGAAGCCCAUCGACCAGGAACCGGAGCCGCACUUUGUCGGUGUCAUCAUCGCGGUCCUGACCACCAUUAUCCUGCUGCUGAUCGCCAUCAUCCUGUUCAUCGUGGCCAAGAACAAACGCACCCGAACGGCGGCCGUCCUGGACGCACUGCAGCACAAUCUGCAUACCGACAGUCUGGGGAUCGACAAGCGGCUGAACAGCAACUUCAAGGUUUCGAUAGACGAUAACGAAUCGAUUGACAAAAGCAGUCUCUACCACGAGCCAUUCAAUGUCAACAUGUACACCAGUGCUGCCAGCGGGUGCUCGAUGAACGACAUGCAGCGACAUCAUAUCACGCCAGAUUAUACAGAUGUACCCGAUAUUGUGUGCCAGGAGUACGCCGUGCCUCACAUGCAGGACCUGAUACCGAAGAUUCCCGGCGGAUACGUGAGCGUUAGGCUGACACCACCGACACUGAACAAUAUCUUCCCGAAGCCGCCGCCAGUGCCCCCACCGCCGGAGAAGUACUACGCCGCCACUGCCAUCUGUAAAUCAUCCACCGCCCCCACGACGCCCUCUAACAACCAACAGACCAACCAACAGCAGCAGCAGCAACUGAACGCUUACAGCGAUCUGGAUCACGGUGUCUCGGACGAUGAUUUACAGCUCAGCGAGUAUCCCCGGGAUAAGCUGGUGAUAGUGGAAAAGCUCGGCUGCGGCGUAUUCGGCGAACUGCAUCUCUGCGAAACCAAAGGAUACAGUUCGAACCUGGUCGCAGUGUCAACGCUUCGCCCCGGCGCAUCGGAGCACGUCAAGAAGGAGUUCCGGGCGAAGGCCAAACAGCUCAGCCGGCUGAACGACCCGAACGUGGCGAAACUGAUCGGUGCCUGCCUGAAGGACGAGCCCAUUUGUAUCGUUUUAGACUACAAAUUCGGCACGGACCUGAACCAAUUCCUGCAGGAGCACACGGCCGAAACCGGCACGCUGGUGCAGCAUAAUUCGUUAAGCUACGGAUGUUUAAUUUACAUCGCAACACAAAUAGCCUCCGGUAUGAAGUAUCUAGAGCAAAUGAACGUAGUGCAUCGUGAUUUAGCAGCGAGGAGCUGUUUAGUAGGACCACAGCUGGAGAUAAAAAUCUGUACACUAGGAACUGUGAUAAACCGCAUUGCAUAUCCUGCAGACUACUGCCACCUGGAGGGAGCAGGAAGACAAUCACAACCGAUGCCGAUCCGGUGGAUGGCAUGGGAGAGCGUCCUGAUGGGUAAAUUUACAUCAAAGUCUGACGUGUGGUCGUUUGCCGUGACGCUGUGGGAAAUCCUGACGUUCGCCCGGGAGCAGCCCUUCGAGAACCUGAGCGACGAGAAGGUGAUUGAGAACAUCGGGCACAUGUACCAGGACAACAAGAAACACAUUCAACUACCGAUCCCGGUCGGGUGCCCUCGGGAAAUCUACGACCUGAUGUGCGAAUGCUGGCAGCGAAACGAAAACAGCCGGCCCAACUUCCGCGAGAUCCACCUGUUUCUGCAGCGGAAAAAUCUCGGGUACAAACCAACUGCUUCUACCUUUUAAAUCCUUCCCCUCUCUCGCCACUUCCCGUCAAACAAACCUCCUCACCAACCUCCACCACCAAUAAUCACACCAACACACUGGACAGUCCCUGUCACCUUACAAUUCUAGUGCUUCCAAAGCCUUAUACCUACCUUAGUGUAUCACCACGACACGAUAAUCAUCAUCGUCACUUGCUCCACGAUUCCAUCAUCUCGGCUUGAAUUGUUGACUCGGUUUUGUGGUUUUUGCUCUUCGGUUCGUUUGUAUAAGCGAGAAUUUCUUAUUAGUUUGCGGAAUGUGACAUUAUAACCUUUCGUUCGCUUGGUUGUUUUUAUUUCACAAUAUAAAUUGAAAUAAAUUAAAUUUAGUUUGUACAUUUUAUAUGUAUUUUAUUUAAAAGAUGAGUACAUGAAUUUGUAGAAUUCCAGUUUAGUUUCAGUAAAAUUUGCCUUCAUUGAAUUCAAGACUUCAGUUACUCAUUGUUCUGAGUGUUAGGAUGUAGAAGAAAAUAAGCAUGCAAAACUAACAUUGCCUCAUCACUUCUCUCCGACUUUUAUAGUGAAUACUUUCAUCACAUUUAAGAAUCAGAAGAAGAAGAA